GGGGAGAGCCGAAGAGAAAAGCAGCUGAGCUGAACUGUCACUAGCACUCCUGCAUUACUUCAUGCUCAGCGGAGCUGCUAAGGGAGCCAGUCUUGCACAGGUUGAAUGCAGAGUGCUUCCAAGAACUGAGUUAAUUAGUGAAGUAUCCUAAAGUUAACUAACUCCCCUGCCAAGAAAUGGGCUCUUCCAUUUUCCUCACAUGAUUAUCUGGGCACUUUCACUUUUCCAUAUAUAGGAGCAGCUCAGGGACUGACAGAUCAGGCUAGGUAGGGAUACAGACUUCAGGCACAUGCAUACUCCUUGCAUGCAGGCACGGAUGCAGGCACUUGCUGCUUUCACACACUAAAAUUCAAGUCAGCUGGAGAGGUAAUAAGUGAAGACAGCAACAGUCCUGCUGAUAAACAGCCUUCUUAAACAGAAGGCACUGAAGGUAGAGCUCUUCCACCACCGUUUAUAACAACCCAUCAGGAAAGCAUCACAGCCAUGAAUGGGCCAGUGGAUGGUUUAUGUGAUUACACGCUUGAUGAUGAAGGGGCUUUCAUGUUCACAUCGGAGUCCGUGGGAGAAGGGCAUCCAGAUAAGAUCUGUGAUCAAAUCAGUGAUGCUGUGCUAGACGCCCAUCUCAAACAGGACCCGAAUGCCAAGGUUGCUUGUGAGACAGUAUGUAAGACAGGAAUGGUGUUGCUCUGUGGGGAGAUCACUUCUCGUGCUAUUGUGGAUUAUCAGCGAGUUGUCCGAGAUGCAAUUAGACAUAUUGGCUAUGAUGAUUCAGCUAAAGGCUUUGACUACAAGACUUGUAAUGUUUUAGUGGCACUGGAACAGCAGUCACCUGAUAUUGCCCAAGGUGUUCAUCUACACAGGAAUGAAGAGGAUGUUGGUGCUGGAGAUCAGGGUUUGAUGUUUGGUUAUGCAACAGAUGAGACAGAAGAAUGUAUGCCCCUAACAAUUAUCCUUGCUCAUAAACUGAAUGCCAGGCUGGCAGAGCUGAGGCGAAGUGGAGAGCUCCCUUGGCUGAGGCCUGACUCUAAGACACAGGUGACGGUGCAGUACACGCAGAAGAACGGGGCGGUGGUGCCCGUGCGGGUGCACACCGUCGUGAUCUCCGUGCAGCACGACGAGGGCAUUUCCCUGGAGAGCAUGCGGCGGACGCUGCGGGAGCGCGUCAUCCAGGCCGUGGUCCCUGCCAAGUACCUGGACGACAAAACCGUCUAUCACCUGCAGCCCAGCGGCCGCUUCGUCAUCGGAGGCCCUCAGGGCGACGCGGGGGUCACGGGCAGGAAGAUCAUCGUGGACACGUACGGCGGCUGGGGCGCGCACGGCGGCGGCGCCUUCUCGGGCAAGGACUACACCAAGGUGGACAGGUCGGCCGCCUACGCCGCCCGCUGGGUGGCCAAGUCCCUGGUCAAGGCUGGCCUCUGCCGCCGGGUGCUGGUUCAGGUUUCUUAUGCCAUUGGGGUUGCUCAUCCGCUGUCUAUUUCACUGUUCACUUAUGGAACUUCCCAAAAAACAGAGAAAGAGCUGCUGGACAUUGUGCACAAAAACUUUGAUCUUCGGCCUGGAGUCAUUGUCAGGGAUCUGGAUCUAAAAAAGCCCAUUUACCAGAAGACUGCCUGUUAUGGUCACUUUGGAAGACAGGAAUUCUCAUGGGAAGUGCCUAAAAAACUUGUGUUUUGACAUUAGUGACAUGUCACCUUUUAAAAACAGAAAGGAAGACUACUAAUGAUGAGGAUACUUCUGAAAAUAAAAUUUGACAGCUUUAUAUUCAACAUAAGGAAUUUUAGAUUUUAAAUGGAAAGAAAGAAAAGGUUAUUUUCUUGGAAAUUGAUUUUUUUUUAACCCUCAGUGUCUUUCAUUAUCUAAGAUAUAAUGGACAGAGUCUGGUUUUUUUAAUCGACUUAAGACAUCAAAAUACAGUUUACUGUUAACUGCUGCUCUGUUGGUUCUUUGGAUAAAGACAAAGUGUGACUCAGGUACUCAAACCAAAAGCUGAACCUCAAACCUUUGAUGGGCAAAGGUGAAGAUGAUUUCCCAACUCUGACUAAGGAUCAGCAGAUCUGUUGCUUCUAAUUAGACAAUGGGAAAUUCUGGGGUCCAAUUUCCUUACUGGAGUUAGCAUUGCAUACAGCUGGGAACUGCUUUGAUGGGAGAAGGCUGAAUAUCACCUGUAUAACUGUACCUUGGCCUCCUUUAUAAAAAAUGUUAACAUAUAUGGAAUAUUUAAAUCACCUUCCAUGCAUAUGUGCUGUUACUGUGGUGUUUCAAUUACCUGCGUUUUUGAAACAUAAGUGCUCUCCUAUGAAACAACAAUCAUAGAAUAAAAAGCUUUUUCCUACCAUGUA